CUUUUCCUCUCGCUGCAGAAAAAAUGGCAGUCGGUAAAAAUAAAAGGCUGACCAAAAGCGGCAAAAAGGGUCAAAAAAAGAAAGUCGUUGACCCUUUCUCCAAGAAAGACUGGUAUGAUGUGAAGGCUCCAUCUAUGUUCAACAUCCGCCAGAUCGGCAAGACCCUUGUCACCAGAACCAUUGGCACAAAAAUUGCCUCAGAUGGUUUGAAGGGACGUGUUUUUGAAGUAAGUUUGGCUGAUCUUCAAAAUGAUGAAGUUGCAUUCCGCAAAUUCAAGCUUGUUGCUGAGGAUGUCCAAGGACGUGCAGUUCUUACAAACUUCCAUGGUAUGGAUCUGACCAGAGACAAGCUGUGCUCUAUGGUCAAGAAAUGGCAGACCCUCAUUGAGGCUAACGUUGAUGUGCGUACCACAGACGGCUUCCUCCUGAGAGUCUUCUGUAUUGGAUUCACAAAAAAACGACAGAACCAAAUCAAGAAAACAUGCUAUGCCCAGAGCACCCAGGUGCGUGCCAUCAGGAAGAAGAUGUGUGAGAUCAUGACCCGUGAAGUAUCUGCCAAUGACCUCAAAGAAAUCGUUAACAAACUUAUCCCAGACUCUAUCGGCAAGGACAUAGAAAAGGCCUGCCAGGGUAUCUACCCUCUACAUGAUGUAUACAUCAGGAAGGUCAAGAUUCUAAAGAAACCUAAAUUUGAUUUGGGAAAACUUAUGGACUUGCACGGUGAGGGCUCCAGCAAAACAGUAGUCACAGAGACUGGAGAAACUGUAGUCCGUGCUGACGGAUAUGAACCACCAGUUCUAGAAUCGGUAUAGACUGAUUGAAAUUACAAAAAAAUAUGUAAAAAUAUGAAAAUAAAUUGAGAACUGGAAUUGUGCUGUUAUGUGGUGUGAUAUACAAAGGAUAUGGAUUAAUUGGAUUAAGUCAGUGGCAAUAGCAAAAGUGUUUCUCUAGAAUAAUGAAAAGGAUUACUAACGUCAGUUAUAAAUCUUUUUCAUGUACACCCAACUGUGGAGUUGGAAUAUCUGGGCAUUAUGGUGUGAAAUCGACAAAAUUCUCAUUGUACCCUCAACCUCAGGCAACCAAACACUGGCUCAAAUACAGCACAUCUUCGUGAUGUAAUAUAUAACUGCAAUCUGAUAGGAAAUUUUUAUAAUACAGAAAAAAUGUCAUCAGAAUGUGGAGGCAAUUGUUGAUAUGCUAACAUUCAAUUACUAUGCUUGUACA